AUGUCGCAAACGAGCGACCUGGAGAAGUUUGAGGGCGUUAUGAAGGAGCUACAAAAGUCUACUCUACUUUUGUCUGCCGUACGACGAUUGUUUGACCAGGUUGUGAAGAAGUUUCCAGCACUCAAGACGCGACUGGCUUCAACGGCACCUAUUGUCAGCAAUCCCAUCUUAGAACAAGGUAUCUUCAAGAUUCAGCGCAGAGAGGCGCUGACGAGUGCCGAAAGCGGCAUUCAAGAAAACGAUGGCACGAAGCGCUCGUACUUUGGGGAGGUGGCGUACAUCCCACCGACAUCGAACGAGUGCGAGCGAUUUUUUUCGGGGGCGAAGUUACUGUAUAACCGCAAGCUGUGGGACGUGAACACAGUCGAGCAGGUGCGUGCACGAAUUGGCACCAAUUAA